CGUAGGGGGCGUGGCCUCGAGGGAAGUGCGCGCGCGCCCCCCCUCCCUUCCCUCCCUCAGGCCGAACUUCAGCCCCGACAGGUCUUCUUCACCUUCGCUGUUGCUUUCCCUCUUCCUUCCUCGCGGCUUUUCAAGAAGUUGAACCCACCCAGAGACUGUGUCAAAGGAAGGUAUGACCUCUCCGUCUCCCCUCAAGAAGGAGCCCAGGAAGGCGAUGCCGCCUUUGCCAAACCUGCGCGUGUGGGGGAUCUGACAGCUCGGCUUAGGCUCCGCCGAAAGGGUGCACUUUUUCUUUAAGGAAGGAGUCCGUGAAAAGACGUUCUCUCCAGAAUUCAUGGUGAAUCGAACAGUAGUAAGCAAGUAUUCCUACGCAAUGGAAGGGAAACUGAUUCUAGAUGCCAUCUUUGCUUACAGCCUUCAAAGACUCUAUCAAAAAUGACAGCUAAUAAAUGCUAACUGGCAUAAUUCCCCUCAUCAAAAUGAUGGACACAGAAAGUCAGCUUUGUCCCCUUAUUUCCCUAAAAGAGGAGGACAUUGGCAGUCCUUUAUCUGAAGAUUUUUUGCAAGAUAUGGAGAGUAUAAAAGAACUCUCACAGUCUAUAAGUGGUGAUAGCUCAGGAGCAUUAAGUGUAACAGACUUCCAGUCAUUGGAAAAUGGACCUGGGUCUGAUGGAUCAAUUAUUACAGACUCACUCUCACCAGCAUCAAGUCCUUCAUCAGUGAAUCUUACCACUGUCCCAAGCAGCAAAGAUGAAACAUCCGGUACGGCAUUAAACAUUGAAUGUAGAAUAUGUGGAGAUAAAGCUUCAGGAUAUCAUUAUGGAGUUCAUGCUUGUGAAGGUUGUAAGGGUUUUUUUAGGCGGACAAUCCGAUUAAAACUUAUCUAUGAUAAUUGUGACCGCAAUUGCAAGAUUCAGAAAAAAAAUCGCAAUAAAUGCCAAUACUGCCGUUUUCAAAAAUGCAUUUCAGUAGGAAUGUCUCAUAAUGCAAUUCGAUUUGGUCGGAUGCCAAGAUCAGAGAAGGCAAAGUUGAAGGCUGAAGUUCUAAUUGGUGAACACUGUAGAGAAAAUUCUGAAGUUGCAGAUCUUAAAUCACUUGCCAAAAGAAUUUAUGAAGCGUAUUUGAAAAACUUUAAUAUGAACAAAGUCAAAGCUAGACUCAUACUUGCGGGGAAAACCAGUAAUAAUCCACCAUUUGUUAUACAUGAUAUGGAUACCUUGUGUAUGGCAGAGAAGACACUGGUGGCCAAACUGGUAGCCAAUGGGAUACAGAACAAAGAGGCUGAAGUUCGAAUCUUCCACUGCUGCCAGUGCACCUCAGUCGAGGCUGUAACAGAACUUACAGAAUUUGCCAAAUCUAUCCCUGGCUUCUCCAGCCUAGACUUAAAUGACCAAGUGACUCUACUCAAAUAUGGGGUAUAUGAAGCAAUUUUUGCCAUGCUGGCCUCUGUGAUGAACAAAGAUGGCAUGUUAGUAGCCUAUGGAAAUGGUUUUAUAACUCGAGAAUUCCUUAAAAGUUUAAGGAAGCCAUUUUGUGAUAUCAUGGAACCGAAGUUUGAUUUUGCAAUGAAAUUCAACGCAUUGGAGCUAGAUGAUAGUGACAUCUCUCUUUUUGUGGCUGCUACAAUUUGUUGUGGAGAUCGUCCUGGCCUUGUGAACAUAAGACACAUUGAGAAGAUGCAGGAGAGCAUUGUGCAUGUACUAAAACUUCAUUUGCAAAACAACCAUCCUGAUGACAUCUUCCUCUUUCCAAAACUUCUACAAAAAAUGGCAGACCUCCGACAGCUCGUCACAGAGCAUGCUCAGCUUGUUCAGAUCAUCAAAAAGACUGAAUCUGAUGCACACUUGCAUCCUUUAUUACAGGAAAUUUAUAGAGAUAUGUAUUAAGGUUUUUCUAGAUUUGUAUGAUAUGUAAAGAAAAUAGCAAUACUAAUAGAUGGGAGCUAAUUACUUUGCACAAUUUUCCCUGCUGCACUAAUCUUAAAGCACCAGUGAAGCUGAAGUGUACGUAAUUGGACUAUCACAUUUCUCUUGUCAGGGUAUAUUUUUAAAUACUUUUUAAAAGUACAUAUAAAUAUGAUAAUAGACUGUGAUUGACUUGAACUUUGGGCAGCAAUGGGAAUUUAAUCAUGCCACAUAUGAAUUUUCUAAAAAUAUGGCUUCUGAUGUUUCUCCAUUUUAAAACUUGCCGUCUUUCUUUCCUUCCUUCCUUCCUUCCUUUCUUUCUCUUUCCUUCCUUCCU